CCAUUAACGAGUGAAAUGAAGUUUGAGGGGACAGUUUUCGUGGGUUGUUUUGUUCUAAUCUGUGUCUCGGCAGUAUAUAAAGAUGUAGUGUAUGUUAUGGACCGCUCCGGAAGUGUUAAGGAGGCUGACUUUGACGAGUCUGUGGACUUUGUGUACAACGUCACCGAGUACCUCGCGAUCGGGACGUCAGAGAUGCAGGUCAGCAUCGUCAUCUUCUCAAGCUCCCACUCCGAGGAAUUCGAUCUUAAUGACUUCACGAGCAAAGCCGACCUGCUGAACGCCAUUAAAAAUCUACGGGGCACAAGAACCACAGGCAAGACGUACACAUAUGACGCAAUUGACUACGUCAAAGACAACUCUUUUACGUCUGCAAAAGGUGGAAGAAGCGGAGCGAAUCGGACGGUGGUCAUUCUCACGGAUGGGCUUUCAAAUAACUUUACACGAACGGUUACUGCAGCAGACGAACUUCGCGCUGGAUUGGGAGCGGAAGUAUUCGCGAUUGGAAUCGGCUCAACGGUCUCCAAAUCAAAUGACGAACUGAAAGGAAUCGCCAGUGAUCCCGACUCUUACUAUGUUCACUAUAUUGAUACAUUUGUGUAUCUCUGCAAUCUGAUUCCAGCAUUAGUUCCAAAGCUUGACAGCACAGUGACCCCUUCUUUACUAGCCGACUGUCCCACCCCACCUUCUUCCACGCAAGAAAGUACAACAGCAGCAGCAACAACAACAGGAAGUACAAGUGGCAACACAGACCUGGCAACAGCAACAACGACAGUGACAACUUCAGAGACAACAUCAAAGAGCACAGAAACCAGUACAUCCAGCAUCACAACAGACAGCGCGACAACUGUUAUACAGACAACUAGAGUCGGCACAACACUUGCAGCAAUAGGAACAACACAAAUUAUACAAAAAACAGGCGAUCAGUCACCCUCGUCUCAACCGAGUGGAUCUUCAAGUAACACGGCAGCCAUUGCGGCAGGGGCUGCCUUGGGAGCGCUAGCGGCAGCUGCUACUCUCAUUGUGUCCGCCAGUCUUCUUCGCCGAUGGCACUUAUCAACCAAAGAGGAUCCGAUGGUGUUGGCAGCUGUUAACCAGUACCAGCAAGCACCCAUAGGACCGUCCAAAGCUUCGUUUAGUUUUGCCUGAUUUUAGGAUGAAUUUCAAAGAUGUUAAGAGUGCAAUACGUGGUCGGCUGGUGCUUCGCAAUUACGCAAUUUUAAAAAUUUCAAUCCAAGGAUUUCAUAUGAAGUGCUAAUUCACUUGGAAUGUAGAAUGUCGAGAUAUAGACUGUAUAUAUGUUUUAACAGUUUUAACGGUGCAUUUGCAUUACUUUUUUCGGGUUCACAAUCCCUGAUUUAUUUCGAGUCGUCAGAUUGAAUUUGUGUGCAUUUCCCAUGAACUUCAAAAAGCUCAAAAUAUUAAAUCUAAAAGUUAUAACAGGUAAUUCCAUUCAAGACUAAAAUUAACUCAAUCAUAAUAUCAAUCUACUGAACUAAAAUCUGAUUUUGAGAGAAAUGAAACCGGACACUUUGGUCUAUAGACAGUAAACUUUAUACGAGUACAUGUACUGAUAUCGUGAUGAUCCAAGUACUGGUACAUGUGCCUUUUAUUGUUUAUACAUGUAUUUCCCAGUGUCUUUGCCAGUGAUAACACCAAGAAUCGAUUGUGUAAUGUAUGGUUCAAUACAUUUCAUCAAUGACUAUUUUAAAAUAUUUAAUCGUACUAUAAUUGCUGAAAUUACAUAGAAAUAAGUUUUGAAAUUUAUCACCUUAUAAUACUAAAAGAACGAUUCCUUAAUUAAUGAAAAUCCUCCAGAUUUGUGGCCUUGACAGUAUUUUUUUUAUAUUUGUGUAGAGCUUGUUAUCCGUUAUUCGUGUAUAAAUGUACGUGUACGUUUUAUAAAUACUGUUAUUGGACUUCUUUGCUUUGUUUUGAUUUCAAUAAAGGAUAUACAUGUA